CGAGCCGGCGCGGCUGUGUGCGGUGCGCCGCGAGUGAGCCCCCAGCGCAGGCCGGGAUGUUCGUCCUCGUGGAGAUGGUGGACACCGUGCGGAUCCCCCCGUGGCAGUUUGAGAGGAAGCUAAACGACUCCAUUGCUGAGGAGCUGAACAAGAAGUUGGCCAACAAGGUCGUGUACAACGUGGGACUCUGCAUCUGUCUGUUUGACAUCACCAAACUGGAGGAUGCCUACGUGUUCCCAGGGGAUGGUGCGUCACACACCAAAGUCCAUUUUCGCUACGUGGUGUUCCAUCCGUUCCUGGAUGAGAUUCUGAUUGGGAAGAUCAAAGGCUGCAGCCUGGAGGGAGUGCACGUCUCUCUAGGGUUCUUCGACGACAUCCUCAUCCCUCCAGAGUCACUACAGCAGCCAGCCAAGUUUGACGAGGCGGAGCAGGUAUGGGUGUGGGAGUACGAGACGGAGGAAGGAGCGCAUGACUUAUACAUGGACACCGGCGAGGAGAUCCGCUUCCGGGUAGUGGACGAGAGCUUUGUGGACACGUCCCCAACCGGACCCAGCUCAGCCGAGGCCACCUCUUCCAGUGAGGAGCCGCCAAAGAAGGAGGCCCCGUACACACUUGUGGGAUCCAUCAGUGAGCCAGGCCUGGGCCUUCUCUCCUGGUGGACCAGCAACUAGUCCUGGGGCUCGACAGUGGACCCUGCCCAUUGGCAGACCCCACCCCUAGGAAGGUGGUGCGGCCAGCUGUGAAGACAACAGCAGCUGAGGCUGAUGCUACGUGCAGCUGGACAGGGAGAGGGGCCAGAAGUGCCCGCCAGCUUGUCCCCCGUGCCAUCCUGGUCCUGCUCCUCCUCUCAGAGCUGCUACUGAAAUCCUGCCAUCCCCACGGACUUCUGGCUUUCGGCAAAGACAAUAAACAACGUCAGCAUCAGUAGGGAAGGGCCACCCUUGUCUUACGACCUAAGGUUACUGAGUUGCCACAGCAUGUCCUCCCUCAUCCCAGAUCACUUGUGGAGAUGGCCUCUCCCAACCCCCACAAAAUGGCAGGACUUGGGGGCUGUGAGAUCCAGGCUGUCUCAGGCUGGGCUUUGGGCCCUGGAAGCUGCCAGUUGCUAGCUGGGUCUGAACAUUAAGGACCAACCACCUUCCCACCGGCUUUAGAAGGAGGAGAGUAGCCUGAGUCAGCCAAACCAGCUCCUGCUCAAGAAGUAGAAGCCGUGGACUCCGCUGGCCCAAGAAGGGUGGUGACCACACCCUGUUAUCUCCCACCUCCCUCCGUGCCGUGGUACGGCAGGAAGCCUGGGGCCAGCUGACACGCAGACCUCAGCCAUGCGUACUCUGCAGGUCUGCUGGUGACACCCUGGAUCUGGGCCCCACAUCACUUGCUCAGGAGAAGGGCUUUGCCAGGUUCCUCCUGCCCUUUCGCCCACGUCUGCUGACACCAGGACACUCAUUUUGCAGUAAGUCUUGUCCUGGUGAUGGGGCCUCCUGCCCUGGGCUUUUUGGCUCUUAAUAGGGCAACAGAGUGGAGGUGCUGGACGCAUGUGUGCCUGGCUUCUGGCUGGGGCUCUGCUUCC